AUGUGCGUGCAGGGCUACAUCCUCAAGCACUUGCUCUUCAGCCGUCGGGGUCCCAGGGUUGUUGCUGAUCCUGCCAGCCUCUUGAAAGCGUCGGCGAAGAGCCAAGAGGACUGCCUGGUGAGCGCCCUGAGUGACAUCCUGUGGAAGGUGGGCGACAGGCAGCGCGCCGUCCUGUGUCUCACCCAAGAUGAGGUUCACGUGAACGACUCCCAGCUGUACAGGGGCGACGGAUGCACGGAGAGGAUACACACUUUCGAGUUCAGGAAGCAAGAUGAACUGACCUUCAACCUCAAGAAAUAUCUCUUCGAGUUUAUGUCCGAGGGCGGUGACGGGCUCCUUCUGUUCGUCUACAGCGUCGUCUUAUCGCGAGGUUUCGAAAAGCUGAAGGAGGACAUGGCUGACGAGGAGGUGAGUCUCGUGCAGACCAACGGCGCCAUCCACCCCGUCCUGGCCGCGCUCAUGCUCACCGGCCGCGCCUCCCACUACCUCCACAACGGCGUCAUCUACGAGGGCAGCGAGUCGUCCAUGGGCAAACCCAAAACCGGCCUCAUCACCCGAGGGGAAGUCGGGUACCUGGUGUGGCGUCGGGAGGAGGAAGGGGGGGAGGUGCCCGUCGGGUCGCGGCUCAAGACCCCCUCGCUUCCGGUCUGGGUCACGCGCUGCAACGAGCACUAUGGCAUUCUCUUCAACCCGAAUCGAGAGCUGACGAGGGACUACCACGCGGAGAACAGUACAUUUAACAUUAUUUUUGUUGUCACUGUUAGUAGCUACAUGUCACUGUUAGUAGCUACAUGUCACUAUGGCAGGGCGCGGACGUCAACUGGAACGGUACCGCGCCUUACGUGUAGGCUCUCCUCCUCCUCCUCCUCCAAGAAGGUCGUCUGUAGGAGGAGUCUGCAGGAGGAGAUGAGGACACAUCAGAAGCCGUCAGGAACUCGAUAG